GAUUUGAUUUUAUGAUUGAUAAGCACUGGAUGGUAAGUAGGUGGCGCGUCAGCAAGGUCACGGAGAAUUCAAACGAGCCAAUGGGAGAGGUGCUCGACAUUUGAGAGGCGAAAUUCGAAACGAGUGCGAGCAGCUGUUAUUCUGCGAGAAAGGACGAAGAAUCUUCAACAUCAGCCGUCGUCGUCGGCCAAUUCGGCUGGCUUUGUGCUGCGGUUGCAGCCUCAAUUCUCGAUUUGCGUAGAAAACAUCGAGGGGCCGGCCCUGCUGUUUGCGUGCGUGUUAUGUGAGCUGGGCAAAAAGGCUGCAGUCGCUCCCCUUUUUGACUAUUCAAGCAAAACGCAGCAGUAACUUUACCGAAAAGGAAACUAGCAAUUAAUAAGUCGGCAAUAUGGGCAUCAUCAUAUCGAGAUUCAGGAAAAAUAUAACAUCCAAAGAGAGACUGCAGUUAAUUUCAAAGGACAUAUCAAAGAUCGAAUCUUUUAAGCUGCACACUCAACAAAAACAAAGAGCAGUCGUGGGACGUGUCAUUUUGUUCUCGGUACUACUCAUCAUCUUGGCAGCCUCUGCUCUCUACUUCUGGGCUAUGCCAGAUCGAACAAUUGAAAAAAUCCUCUACCUAGCACCCUUUCUACUCUCUCCAUUUUUGAUCGUCUUUUUGAAAAGAAUAAUAAAUUGGUACUACGCCAGGCAAAUCAACCAUAAUGAAAUUAAACUGAUGAGACUGAAGGACGAAAAGAAGAAAUUGCUCGAACAGGUGAUGGACACGGAGACCUACAAAAACGCCAAAGAGAUCCUAGAGCAGUUUGCUCCGGAACAAUUGCGCAAAGAAAAUCUACAACAGCAGCAGCAGCAGCAGCAGAGUGUUGCUCCUAAAAUGACGCCCCAAACUCAAGCUUUAGCCAGAACCAGCGCAAACACACUUCAAAGUGCACAAUUGCUGAAUCAAGAACUGCGGAGGAGAACGAUGACUCCAUUGCCGCCUCAGAUUGCCGGUCAGCCUCUUGCCCAACCUCAACCCCAGCAAAUGCCAUUUCCUGCGCUACCACAAAGACCUCAGAUGGCAAGGCCCAUUCUGCCCAGAGAAAGAGGUGUGAUGGACAAAAUUGUCGAAUUCAUUGUUGGCGAUGGUCCAGGAAACCGAUUCGCUCUCAUCUGCAGGCAGUGCGCAUCUCACAACGGAAUGGCUUUACAAGAAGAAUUCGAGUAUUUAGCCUUCCGCUGUUGUUACUGCUUUUGUUGGAACCCAGCACGAAAACAGCGCCCGCCAGCGCCUUUGCUUUGUCUGCCCUCUGCUCCAAGCGAGUUAGAAGGAGAAUCAAGCCCAUCGAGCGAUUCUGAGCAAGAGGAAGGGCCCACUGACAAGCCAGACGAGGAAGGGACUCGUGAGGAAGUUGAGGAACAAGCCCUGAAUGAGGAUGAACAAGUGGAACAAAGCAAAGAGGAAGCCAUUGAACAAAGCGAGCCGGUGUUGAACAAAGUUGAGAGCAGUGAAGUGCAAGAAUCGGAGGCGAUUGUUGAGAAAGAAGCUGACGAAGCAGCAUGAGAUUGGAAGUCAUUGAAAGGAUUGAAGAUGAGUACCUGCCACGUAUGACCAAUUUGAUAUUCAGCUCCAACUUACAAUCAGUUUGAGCUGUGACGAAGGAAACGCCGCCAAUCUCUGAUUAUUUAGGAUUGUUCUCAUCGACAAAAAAAUCUCUGGUGUCAGGUUGAGAGGAAUUUUUGCUUGGAUUGUCCAAUUUUUGCUUAGCGAGUGUGCAUGAAAACUGUUAGUGUAUCUGUAAAUAAUUACGUUCCUCUCACAUCAAUGCACUAAGUCACGUAGAUAUGAUCAAAAUGUUAUUGUUUCUAUAUUUGUAAUUCAUUAAUCAACUUCUUGUUUUUGCCAAACUUCUUCCCUUUUUAGACGUGUAAGAGUGUCUGUCAAGUACUUAAAUAGCUUUUGAAGAUAUCCGCAUGAAGAUGCUUGCCAAAUCAAUUGAAGUGCCUUAAAAUUUUGAAUCAAUCAACUGUCUAAACUGUGUUGGUGGCAAGCAGUUGUAUUUUGCAAUGAAGUCACACAAAGUGUCAAUAAUCCCACUGGCAACAUGCUGUUGGUUAUGGAGUUUUAAUUUUAGUCAUUGAUAUAUAUUUGUAGAUAUUGUUAACGGUUUAUCCAACUUUUAUUUAUAUUCUAAAAAUAAUUAAAUCUAAAA